AUGAGGAUGGAGAACUCUCCAGGCCCCGUGGAAGUUCCACCGGUGACUCCGGAGGCAGCAGCAUCAGCAGCAGCAGCCACGGUUGCUGCCAAGGUGGCAGGGGCAAGCGAUGAGGUCGUGGCUAGCUCGCCGCCGCCGGCGGCGCCACCGGCGGAAGGGACCUCUCCCCCGCUGGUGCCCGAGGUCAAGCUCGACGGCAAGGAGCUGCUCGUGGCUCUCAAGAAGCAGGUCGAGUUCUACUUUUCCAAACAGAAUCUGCAGUCCGACGGUUUCCUGGUCUCCAAGAUGAACGCGCAGAUGUGCGUGCCGGUGGCGGUGAUCGCGCAGUUCCACAAGAUCCAGCAGCUCACGUCGGACACGGCCCUCAUCGUCGAGAGCGUCAAGGACUCCACCGUGUGCACCGUCACGUCGGACGGCAUCAAGCCCAGCAUUAAGCAGGAGCGCAACACCAUCAUCCUGCGCGAGAUCCCGUCGGAGACUCCGCAAGAGAAGAUCCGAGAGAUCUUCACCGGUGACGGGGUCGCUCCGAUCAAGUCCAUCCGGAGCGACGUCGGCGACACCUGGUUCGUGACGAUGGAGUCGGAGGACGACGCGCUCAACACGAUCCUCGCCCUCCGGGGCAAGACCUUCGAGGGCAAGGCCAUCAAGGCCCGCCUCAAGAGCGAGAACCUUCUGCGAUCCUUCUUCCCGGUGCCGACGGCGGCGGAGGUGCAGCCCACCGCCGCCGCCGCCGCCGCCGCGCCGUACGGCCUGGGCGCCGGCGCCGGCGCCGGCCCCGCCGGGGCCGGGAUGCCCGGCGGGAUCCCUUACGGCAUGAUGAACGGCAUGGGCGCGCCCAUGAUGAACGGGCAGCCGAACUACGGCUACUCCGGGCCCGGAGCGAGGGGCGGGAUGUACGGCCGCGGCGGCAUGAUGAUGCAGCAGCAGCAGCCGGGCGGGGCUGGCGGCGGCGGAGCUGGUGGCAUGCGCUUCGGUGGGGGUAUGCAGCAACAGCAGCACGUGGGGAUGGUGCAGGGAGGAGGGGCUGGUGGUCGGGGGGGCGGGAUGAUGGCGGGCGCGAGAGGGGGGAUGCAGAUGGGGGGCAUGGGCGGCGGCAUGCACCAGGGGCAGCAGCACGGCAUGGGCCAGCAGAUGAUGGGGAUGAACGCGAAUCACCCGCAGCAGGCGGCGGCGCCGGCGCCGGCGCCGGCGGCGGGUGGGCUCGGUUACCCUGGCGCCUUCAUCCAGUACCAGCCUGACGACAUCCUGAAGAUCGUGUCGACGCUGUCUCAGUCGGACGUGGCCGUGGUUCCCGGAGUCGCGGACAUCCGCGAGCACUCGCUGGCCUUCGAGGCGGACGCGAACCUGGGGCUGAUGAUGCGCCAGCGGUCGGUGUCGAUCGACGAGUGCCGGGAGCAGCUCCGCAAGGGGCGACCGGUGCACCGCGAGGGGGUGAUCGCCGGGGCCGUCGACUACGGCACCUACAUGUACGGGGAAGGUCACGACCCGCAGCAGCAGGCGGGGUCGGCCCCAAGAGGAGAGGGUCAUGGAGGGGGGGGAGCGGCGGGCGAGAGUAAGAAAAAAUCGGACAGGAGUCGGAGGGAAAAAGGGGCGGAUAGACCAUCGUCCGAUGACAGCAAGGCGAGGGGGGGCGAGGAGAAGCCCGGCAGAGCAGACCCCGCCGUUGCUACCGCUGGGGCGAAGAGCAAAGACGCGUCCAAGGAUAGCGGUGCGGCCGGCGGGAAGGGGAAGGGGAGCGGAACCGCGACGGCGGCGGCGGGAGGAGGGGCGGGCGAAUGGGCGCCGCCACGGCCAACACGGGGCUGGGAGAAGCCGGAGGUUACCCAGCAGAAACAGCGGGGGUUAAGUGCGGGCAGCGACGCGGGCAACAGAGGGGGCAAGGCCACGUCGGCCAAGUCCGCGGGGAGCUCGGCGGGGACGGACAAGAAGUCGAUAUCGGCAGCCACGGCCCCGAUCUCCGGAGAUGACGGCGUGGGAGACUCGGCAACGGCGGCGGUGGCGGCGUCGUUCUCGGCCGAGGGGUCAUCGGAAGGCGGUGGCGUCUCCGCCGACGGCGGCAGCGGCAGCGGCAGGCAUUCCACAAGUAGCGGCAGCAAGGGGGCCAAGGCGAAGGAGGGAUCGGCGAGCGGCGGCACCGACGCAGCAGCGCCGGCGGCGGGGGACGGGGAAGAUGCCGCCAAAGCCCCGGAAGACGGGAAGGCCGCGGCGGCGGCGGCGGCGGCGGCGGCGGCGGCGGCGGCCCCCGCGGCUAGCCAAUGGGGAGGGAAGAAGUCCUUCCUGGAUGUCGUCAAGGCUCCCGGAAGCCUGCCACCCCCCAUCGCCGCCGCCCCAUCCGCGACCAAGCAGCCACCCUCCUCCUCAUCGAUGAUGGGCAACAAGGCCAAGGGAGGGGGCCGCAUAAAGUCUCCCCUGAGGGGACGCCCGGAGCCCCCCUCCGGAGAGAGCAGGGACAUGAAGAGAUCAGGGGGGAGGGGGGAGAGAGACGGGCACCGGGGCGACGGGCACCACCACAAGGGUAGCAUGGGCGCCGCCGGCGGGGGGGGCAAGGACUCGGCGCGCUUGCCGAACGGGCGUAGCGGCGGCGGUGGUUCGCGCGAGAAGGGGGCGUGGGCGUGAUAGUAGUUGUGGCCGCCGUAGAGGGGGGUCGGCGGACGAGAAAACGGAGGGGGGGUGGUUGGGGGGUGAAGCGUAACGCGGAGGAAGAAAUAGCAGGAGUUCAUUCACAGACAGUGGUGUUGCGUGUUGGUGGUCCUCGGGGCGUCUGUUGCGUGUUUGGUGGUGGUGGUGAAAUUCCGAUGGCCGCGCCUGUCUGCCCCCCACACCCUGUUGGCUGUUGGUUGUAGAGUGCCGCCUCAAUGCGAUGUGUCUUUUCGUGCUACAACCACCCCGUGCUAGUUGUUUUUUGUGACCCGCUGCUGCUGCUGCCGAUGAUCGCGUCGGCAACAAGCAUGUCUGUUGAUGCUCCGGCGAGUUGCGCUCACGCUUCCCAGAAUGGUGUCUCGGCGAGAGGCGGUUCCUUGGUUCGUAGUCGGAGCUGUGCAUGGUGCCGCUGGCUUUUACAGACCCCUCGCCGGCCGGCAAGAACAGCCUGGAACAAGGCGGGUCAGGCAGAUAGAGAGAAAGAGAGAAAGCGCUGGUGCGUCGCGUGUGGUGCACCAGCGAAUAGAGAGCACGAGUGUUUUUGUGCGGUAUCACGUGUGUAACGAGCCGAAACUCGGAGGGUGUAUUGGGACCGGGGUGUGUGGUGGUGGGGCGACCGGUCAGAGUCUCGGGCUGAGUUUCAGGAAAUUUGUCAAGAUUGCGAGACCGAUUCUUCUUGUGUCUUGCGUGAUUCGGUUCAAGGGGGGCAAGAGGUUGCGGGGAAAUGGCAAUUGCUGUGCCGAGUCAGCUCGUGUUCUAGUCUUCGUUUAGGCUGAGAACACCUUCGCUUUCAGGCUCAGUUGCGUCAUGUGCGUUUGUUUUUUUGUUUUUCGCCGUUCUGCGCGCCGAAUUUGCGUCUUGCUGCGUUGCGAAGGAGAUAAGAAUGAAAAGAAGCGCGUUCUCCGCUACGUUCGUGGCGUUUCGUGCGUUGGUCUGUCUGCAAGAGGGUCACGCGAUGAACCCAUCUGAAUUCGCCAGUAUUUUUCGCGCGGUCGGGACGUGUCUGAUUUUAUCUUUUUCGUUGGUUCUUGUUCUGUGAGUCGAUUGCACAAAGACACCUGGCAGUGAAAUAGGAAUGGAACAGGACGGCGUUGUCAGGGGGGUGUUGUCUGUGGCAAAACAAGGGGGGUUGGGGUGGGGUGAAAAAAUGCGGCAGGAAAUGAAUGGUGUUCUUUUCGAUUGUCGCCAUGGUAGUCGAUAAGAGGAGCGAAGGACGCCACACGUGCAUCGGUUCUACCUUAUGCAAACCCUUGUGCUGGGGGUAAAUCAUGUGUUAGAAAGAAAGUCUACGUGGGUAAGAAUGUCCACGGGGGGCCGGGAGCGCGGAACGUAGGGGUUGGGGAGAGGGUAAAAGUGUUUGGCGCCUUUGUGUAGGCUGCCGGGGACAGGAGGGGGGUUGCAGCCUCAUCUCGACCCUUGCUUGGUUGUGUUCGGUGCCCGAGGUGCGAUGUGGAUGGCGUGCCUAAUGCCGUGUGGACUAUGUCGCCGCCGCCCCCCCCCUCCUUACAUCGUGUAGAGGCGGUGCCUAGCGCCGGUUCGGUUGGUUGGUUCUUUGCGGCGGCGGCGGCGGCGGCGGCGGCAGUGUUGUCUCUUCUGUGGUCAAGGCAGUGCGACCCGGCUCCGCGUGGUGUUUUCCUGAACUAAAAGCUCAACCAAAGCAAGCGUUUGGCAAGCACGCGUUAGGCGAGCGAACCUGGCGGGGGCCGCAGCAAGCGAGUGAGGGUCGAUCGGCGGUGUCGCAUUGCCGGCGUUAUUGAGAGACGGUUGCUAUUUAUUUAUGCUGAUUCGACUGGAGAGGCGCAAGGCCACGUUUUCACUAGUUGUUGUUGUUGUUGUUGUUGGCCGAGGUUAAGCUACCUCCUUACAUCACGCGUGACGGCGUCAGCGGCAGCAGCAGCAGGGUUGUGGAAUGGCACGCUCACAAACCUUGACUAGGGUUGAGUGUUUUUUUUGUUUUUGUUUUUUGUGUUCGAUUUGUGCACAUUUUUUCCGGUGUCCUUUUUCCUCGGUACGGCGAAAGAACUCAGGGUGAGAGAGAGAGAACGGUGGGCUGAUUUGUUGGCGGGCGGGUUUGGAUUCCUCCGCGCAGCGUGGCUGCCACCGUUUCGUUUCGUUUGUUUUUUUUUCGCUUUUUUUUCGUUUUUCUUGUUUUGAUCUGAUCGGAUGGAUUUGUGUUUCUCGACCAGACAGCAGUAGUAAGGCGCGGACAGUCAGCCAGCCUCUGACGUUCCACCUUUUUUCUUUUUCCGCAUGAUUUUUUUUUUUCUGCUUGUCUCUGUGUAGGCGCACUAAAAGUAGCUUUGUGUUGCGGAGGGAUCAGGGUCGGAGUUUGAGGAGAGCGGGGAGUUACAAGGGCACAAAAGGAAGCGGGCGAACGUUAUCCUACGUGUUGCUCUAUCUUUUUUCUACUUUGGUGCUUCGUUUUUUAUUGUUGAGCGUGUAACAGUCGUCCCUCUGCCCCGCUGCACAGCUGAUAGUUCUUCGUCUUUAUACCCGUCCGCAACUCACGCACAACAAAAAAUGGAAAGGGCAAGAUGUAGUAUGUGUGGUGUUUUUUAUGUGUGACGCGUACGUACAUGGAUAGUUUAUUGCUUGGUCGUUUGCGUCCAUGGUCCCCUUUGUUAGCGGUGUUCGUUUUUACUUUCUACUAUGUCACCUCUUGUGUUUUUGGACGAGAGGCGGCCUUUGUCUUGUACCGCCCCCCCCCC